AUGCAACAAUUCAUAGCCCACACGAGUCAAUCAAUUUCUCAAAUCACUCAAUCUAUUGGGGAUGUGAAAGCUCAAAUUACUAAGUUGAACACCACUGUUGGGGCACUUCAACAAGAAAAAGAUAAAUUUCCUUCUCAAACCCAAGCUAAUCUAGUGGAUCAACAUAGUAUUGCGAGUACUAGUGACUUUGAGGUGACUAUGGAGCAUGCUAAAUCCAUUACCCUUAGAAGUGGUAAGAAAUUUGAAAGAAAAAUUCCACAAAAAGAUAUUUCAAAAAGAAAUGAUGAAGGCUCUUCAAGCAAUGUUUUCAAGGAGCCUAUUCAUAAAUCUAAGAGUAAUGAGGUGAUGCAAGAGCCCCAAGAGAUUGAGGGUGAGAAAGUUGUUGCAAAAGAUCCAAUAAUCAUUUCGUACCCACGGAGACUCAAGGCUCCUCAAAAGGGGAGGUGUGAUGUCGAAAUGCUUGAAUUGUUCCAACAAGUGAAGGUGAAUAUACCUCUGCUUGAUGCCAUAAAGCAAGUGCCUGCAUAUGCUAAAUUUUUAAAGGGUCUGUGCACUGUGAAGCGUAAGCAUAAUAUGCAUAGCAAAGUCCUUUUGGCUGAACAAGUGAGCUCAAUCUUGAAUGCAACUACACCUCCCAAAUACAAAGACCCUCGGAGCCCGAUCAUUUCCAUAGUGAUAGGGGAAUUCAAAUUCAAGCGUGCCUUGCUUGAUUUGGGGGUGAGUGUGAAUCUUCUCCCCUACUCUAUGUAUGAAAAACUUGGGUUGGGAGAGUUGAAGCCAACAAAUAUGACCUUAGAAUUGGCAGAUAGAAGUAUUAGAAUCCCUAAAGGAGUUGGGGAGGAUGUUUUAGUACAAGUGGAUCAAUUCUUUUACCCUAUUGAUUUUGUGGUACUGGAUACUCAACAAGUGGUGACCAAAAAUUCUCACAUCCCCAUUAUCCUUGGUAGACCAUUCCUUGCUACAGCAAUGCUAACAUCCAAUGUAGGAAUGGUUUAA